GGCGACGGCAUGGAGGAGGGCGAGAGCACGCUGGGGGUGCUGUCCGGCUUCGUGCUGGGCGCGCUCACCUUCCAGCAUCUCAACACCGACUCAGACACGGAAGGGUUUCUUCUGGGUGAAGUGAAAGGUGAAGCCAAGAAUAACAUUACCGAUUCACAGAUGGAUAAUGUUAAAGUUGUUUAUACAAUUGACAUUCAGAAAUAUAUUCCAUGCUACCGGCUUUUUAGCUUUUACAAUUCUUCAGGUGAAGUAAACGAACAUGCACUGAAGAAAAUUCUUUCAAAUGUCAAAAAGACUGUGGUGGGUUGGUACAAAUUCCGCCGUCACUCGGAUCAGAUGAUGACGUUUAGAGAGCAGCUGCUGCACAGAAACUUACAGACACAGCUUUCAAGCCCAGAGCUUGUUUUUCUACUGUUAACACCAAGUAUAGCAACAGAAAGCUGCUCCACUCACUGCCUGGAACAUGCCCUGUAUAAACCUCAAAAGGGGCUUUUUCACAGAGUACCUUUGGUGGUUGCCAAUCUGGGAAUGUCUGAUCAACUGGGUUAUAAGACAGAGUCUGCUUCCUGUACAUCCACUGGCUUCAGCAAAGCUGUGAGAACACACAGUUCUCAGUUUUUUAAUGAAGAUGGAUCGUUAAAGGAGGUGCAUAAGAUAAAUGAAAUGUACGAUGCUAUACAAGAAGAAUUAAGGAGUGUAUGCCAGAAAGUUGAACAAAGUGAACGAGAGGUAGAGAAGCUAAUGAUGGAUGUACACCGAUUAAAGGAAGUUAGAAAAGAACAGCAUGCACAGACAAAAGCAGCAGGAGAAAAGAAUGUCCAAAACAACCCUGAGGAGAACAUCCUUCUUUGUCAAGCUUUACGAACCUUUUUCCCAGAGUCUGAAGUUCUUCAUUCUUGUGUUAUUUCUUUGAAAAAUAGACACAUUUCUCAAAGUGGGUGUAACAUGAAGCACCAUCUCGAUGUGGCUAAGCUGACUUUAAUGGUGGAGUAUGUUCACAGCCCUGAUGCUAGUCCAACCCCUGCGGCCCAGCUAGCUAAGCGUAAGGCUCUAGACACACAAGACCCAUGGCCUGUGAAGAAACCACGAUCGCUGGGGACAGAAGGCAGACCUGUGACAGAUUCCCGAAGCAGUCACCAAAACAGAACUUCCUCUAGCAGCCUAGAUGUAGACACAGAGAUGGGGAGCACAGAACAGGAUGGUGAAUAUCCUCGCUCUCCCACGUUUUGAUUCUCCUUAGAUGAUACUGUUGACUUGACUGAGAUUCUGAGACCACUAGUUCCUAUUUUUUACUGUAUUCAGCUGUUUAUAAUGUAUGAAUAAGGUAUUUUUACUGUUCAACCGCUUGUAAUAUGUAGGUAAGUUAAUGUUUUAUAAAG